GGCCCCAAACUCGUCGCUCACUCAGUCGACUCUAUGGACCGCCCAGUUGCCUCAUUAGAUCGAGCGAGUGGAAGGUGGGAAAUUGGCCAAUCUAUCGGAAGAUCGUCAAAGUCGACUCGCUCCUCAGCGAAACAGACCCUUACAGCUUCCUCGGCUCGUCCUCUUCAUCCGCUUGGAACUUGAAAGAGAAGGAGGAUAAGGACGUGGGCAAAGCUCUUGGCCGGAUUCAACACCAUUGCCAGGACUGUGUUUUUGAAGACCAAACCACAUUACCAUGUUGUUAUCAGGCUAUGGUUCUAGUGAUUCGAUCCAAUGGUUGAAAUCAUUGAUGCUCUCCACUGUACGAAUAUUGUCUUGGGUUCAUUUCCAGCUAGCUUACUGAAGGAAGUUUAUGGAUGUAUUUGUAGUGGAUAGCCUCAAGUAGAAUUUCCAAAUGAUUGAUGGCUCAUGCUGCUCUUCAAUGAUGAGCCCUUUGAAUUCAAGAAUAUGGUUCUUGCAGUACGUAGAGUAAAUGCGAUAUUAAUCAUGUGUUCUACUUGUAAAUCAUUUCAUAAAAGAAAUAUAGAAUCUCUUUCUGAUGUCCAAAAUCAUUAUGGUUUGAAUACACUAUCUAAUAGCCAUACAAAAGACACAGAGUUGGUGGCAUUGACCAAAAGAUUAUCAGAUUUCAUGAUCAAAGGGGAAGUAGAUUAUGCAAGAAAGCUUUUUGAUCAAAUGGGCCACAGAGACUCUUAUUGUUGGAAUGUGAUGAUCAGCGGUUACACCAAGAAUCACAGGAUCGGUGAUGCAAGAUGGAUUUUUGAUAGCAUGAAUGAGAGGAAUACUGUUUCAUGGAACACCAUGAUAUUGGCUUACACUCAAGAGAGAAAGAUGCACAUUGCAUUGAAGUUAUUUUUAGUUAUGCCUGAAAAAGACAUUGUCAGCUGGACCACUAUAAUAUCUGGGCUUUGUUGGGAUUCUCAAAUUGAAGAUGCAUGGAAAUUAUUCAAGCAAAUGCCUAACCGUAGCUCUAUCUCCUGGUCUUCUGUUAUAUCAGGUUUUCAGCAAAAUGGGUUGGCUGCUGAAACUUUGAUGCUGUUUAAAGAAAUGGUAUCAAUAGGGAUUCGACCAACUUCACAUUCACUUACUAGUGCUUUGACUGCUUCGGCAGAUUUGGCAGCUUUCUUUGUUGGCCAACAACUUUACUCCCAACUUCUUAAAAGAGGAUUUGAGAAUAACACACAAAUUAGAAACUCAGCCAUAUCUAUGUUCAUAAAAUCAGGUAUUGUUCGUUAUGCAGAACAUAUUCUUGCAGAUAUGCCCCAACCUGACCUUGUAACCUGGAAUUCUAUGAUUAUGGGUUAUGGGCAGCAUGGGUAUGGCUUUGAAGCAACCAUAACUUUCCAUCAGAUGCAAAAGGCUGGGUUCCUGCCUGAUGGUAUCAGCUUCUUGGGUGUUCUUCAAGGCUGCAGCCAUUGUGGAUUUGUGGAAGAAGCAAGCAAGUAUUUUAAUAGUAUGAAGUUGGAUUAUGGAAUCUCCCCAAAACUGGAGCACUAUGCAUGCAUGGCUGAUGUCUUUGCACGUGCUGGGUUGCUAAAAGAAGCGUUUCAGAUAAUUAUGAAAAUGCCAUUUCAACCAACAACCAUCUUUUGGAGGAUACUGCUGAAUGGGUGUAGGGUUUGGGGGUAUCUGAAAUUGGGUGUGCAUGCAGCUGAUCAGAUUUUGAAGCUUGAACCUUAUAAUUCAAGUGCACAUUUGAUGCUUAUGGAGAUGUAUGCUUCAGUCAGGAAUUGGACAAGGGUUUUGGAAAUACGAAAAUUAUUGAGGGAAAGACGAGCAAGAAAGGAGUUUAGUUAUAGUUGCAUUGAGAUACGGGGGAGGGUACACUUGUUCACUACAAGAGAUGAAACUCAUUUUGAAUCAGAUAGCAUUUACAUGGCCCUUGCCUUGUUAUAUUACGAUAUUGUUGACUGUUCAAGGAUAGAUUUGCAUGGCUAGAAUGAGAAAUCAUGGAAACUUUUCCUCAUCAGUUCAGGAAGAUAUGGACAUGGACAUAUGUCAUCAAGAGUAUGAAGACCAUUUGACGCAGGUGUAAAUCAAGGAUGUGCUGAUAAUCGAAAGUUGGUGGCCAAUACUUUGCAUGCCACAAUGAUCUGUAACAUUUAGUUGGAGCACUGCAAACAAUCCAAACGGCAUAUGACCGAGGUUCGGCUGUCGAUGAAGUGGCUGACUUCUCCAUACCAGUUUCCAGUUGGGAAUCUUGCUUCUAUGUUGUGGACUGAACUAGUCUACUGGAGAAUACCUUACGACUUCAGUGCAGACAAGUCUGCUGCUUCGAAGAUUAUGGGAAAAUUUUCUUGUGGAUAUGUAAGAAUUUGUCUAAAGAUUUGAAAAGUUUUUGCCACUAUCGCUAAGCAGUAAGAAAAACCAUUUUUUUUUCCUUUGAUGUUGCAAUGAGGUUGUGAGUCUUGGGACACAGGUCUCAGAAACUAAAAUACAGUAAUGUUGAACUUGGUGAACAAAUUAUUUUGAAGUGUUUGUUUCCAUUCAUAAAAGAACAAUUAGAUCCAUCCAGAGGACUCAGAUUGCCUUGCAGAGUACAGACAAAGGCCAGGACCGUGGCCUUGUAAAGACCUAAUUCUAUUAUGAAGGAUGAUAAGGAUUGAACCACUAAUUCUUUUUUUUUUUUUUUUUUUGGAAUGGGCCAGCCCAAACAGAUUAAUUUAAGGGUUGGGUAGUUGGGUUGGGUUGAUGUUGGGUGUGUUUUUGUACCCUUUUAACCUUAUCUUCUUAUGUAAUUUCUUCUUCUUCUUUUCAGAAAGAUGGAGAAGAAUGAAGAAGAAGAAUUAUUUGUACUGUUAACAUCAUAGUUUUGCUGCUUGACAGCAGAAAAUAAAGCUGCCCAGGUGGGGUUAGAUAUACACAUUAUUUAGCUCUAUUUAUUUCUUUGGAAAGGACAAUUCUAUUCUAUUAGAAUGAUACCUUGGAGGGCAUGGAUUAGUGAGAGACAGGCUGAGAUAACCAUCAAGAGCAAGCAAACUCUGUUUUUGUUCCAACCUGUGACUUUUGAGCUUUUGUGCUCUUUUUAGGUGUAGGGACAAAAAUGGGAGUCAUACGGGGACUUGAGACUAGAGAGCAAAAGGCCAGAGAAGUGAGAGAGACCAGAGAGCAGUGCGCACUGGCCUCAAAGGUGGAGGGCCUGGCCUGGACGUUGACGCAGCUGGAAAUGUUAAAUGAUGAAUUUCCUUGUCUGGUGGUUUCAUAAGGGGUUGUUAGGUUCGAUUUGAACUGGAGUGAGAUGAUGUAAAAUCAAGAUAAAAGUUGUAUGGUUAUUAUUUAGGAUACUUAUAUAAUUCUCUUAGCGGGUGA